UCGAAGCUUGAAUCAUUUGUACCCUUCAUUGAAUCAUGGCCGAUGCAGAUUCGGAAACAUCUGGGACCAAAUCUACUCCCAUUAUCAUUCAGUCUGAAGGUUCAUCAUUCAAGGCAGGGAUUGUACUCGAUGAAACAAACUAUGAUUUGUGGUCUCAAAUCAUGGAGAUGCAUAUUGCUGAGAAGGAGAAACUCUCUUUCAUUCGUGGUAAUUCACAGCCACCGACUGAGAAGGAUGAUAAGUAUGAGAAGUGGUAUGCAGACAAUCAAAAGGUCAAGAGAUGGCUGUUGAUGUCUAUGUCCCCAGAAAUUAUGAAGCAAUACAUUCGCUUACCCACCGCUCGAGAUAUUUGGAAAGCUCUUUCUAAAGCGUUUUAUGAUGGAGCAGACGAAUUGCAGGUGUUUGUCUUGAAUCAGAGGGCUUUCUUUGCCAAACAGAAUGGCAGAACACUCUCUGUGUAUUAUGAAGAAUUAACUGAGAUUUUUGGUGAGUUGGAUCAUCGUGAUAAGGUGAUCAUGGAGAGUGAGAACGAUGUUGAAUCUUACCGAAAAUCAGUUCAGCAACAAAGGGUGCAUAUUUUUCUUGCUGGAUUAGAUGGUGAAUUCGAACAAAUCCGUGGUGAAAUUUUGAGAAAGGAUCGUAUUCCCGAAUUAGAAGCAUGUUAUGCAUUGGUCCACCGUGAAUCUGUUCGACGUGCAACGAUGAUUGAAGAACCAGAAAAGACUGAAGCUUCAGCCAUGGUGACUUGAUAUCGGUCUAAUCAAAACCGACCUUCUCAAGGCCAGCCUAAAACCACUGAUGGUGCCGAUAAAUCCACCUACAAAUGCACCCAUUGCAAUCAAACUGGUCAUACCAAAAGCCACUGCCUUGAACUUGUGGGGUAUCCAGAAUGGUGGGAUCAUAGUCGCGAUUCACGGAAGAGGAAUUCCAAGACCUCCAGUGCUGCGGUUGUUGAAACAAAGACAAUGGAUGAUGUUGCUAGACAACUCUCGACAUUAGUAGCAGCGGCAGGUAAUGGUGGUAAGGUUUUAAAUAUGUCUACACUUGUUUCUAAUAGUGCAUGG